AUGAAUAUGAAAAUAAAAGCUGCUUUAAUAGACCUUAGUGGAACUUUGCAUAUAGGCAAUUCCAUAAUUCCCAACAGUAUUAAUGCAUUAAACGAAUUACAAAGUUCUGGAUGUCUAGUAAGAUUUGUAACAAAUACUACCAAAGAAAGCUCCAAAGCUCUUCAUGGCAGAUUACAAAAACUGGGAUUUCCGAUCAAAAAGGAAGAAAUCUUCACAACAUUAACUGCGGCUAAUAAUAUAAUAACAGAUAGAAAAUUAAAACCAUUAAUGCUUGUUGCUGAAGAGGCCCUUGAAGAUUUUACCUGCAAUGAAAAUCAAAAUUCAGAAGAAUUUGAUUCUGUCGUGAUCGGUUUAGCGCCAUCAGAAUUGCACUAUGAAAAAUUAAAUGCAGCGUUUAGAAUAUUAACAAAAGGCGGACAGCUUAUAGCCCUUAAUACAGGAAAAUACUAUAUGAGAGAAGAUGGGUUAGCUAUCGGAGCAGGGUUUUUUGUAAAAGGUUUAGAAUACUCAGCACAAACUAAAGCUGAAGUUGUUGGAAAACCAAAUGCUUCAUUUUUUAAAUCUGCUGUUCUCGGACACAAUGUUACAUGUGAAGAAACAGUUAUGAUUGGCGAUGAUGUUACUGAUGACAUUGAAGGAGCUCUCAAAAUAGGCAUGAAGGCUGUACUAGUGAAAACUGGGAAAUAUAGGCCUGAUGACGAAUUAAAAAUUUUGCCACUGAAACCAACUGCUGUUGUUGAUUCUUUUCCAGAAGCUGUAAAAUUUAUCCAAAGUCUACUAUAAUGAAGUGAUGUAGUUUAUUUAA